UUGGCUGUCAGACUAUUUCCGGGUUUCCUCCGUCCAACUCCACGUGAGUGCUAUCUGCUCGAGUCAAAUGACAACAAACACUUUAAUUAUGAAUGGAAACGAGGACGAGGACUUCAGAGACUUUGUGGCCCUUCAUGCCGGGGCCCUGCAGUCCUCCGGAAUCCCUCUUAUCUACUGGAGGAGCCUGCAUGACAAAAUCACCAACGAGAUUUAUGAUGCUGGGGAAGUUUUUGGCAUCAUGCAGCUCCAACUAGACAAGGAGGAAGAGGAGGAGAAUGAAGAGAAUGAGAAGAAGAGGGUCAACCCAGGAGCAGGGAUGAGCUGUAAAGUGGUUGUGACCCGGGACAGUGGGCUGCAGGUCUCUGAGCCGACCAGUGUGUUCCUGGUGGAUCACGCCUGGACGUACCGCGUGGAACAGUGCCGUCAGCAGCUGGAGCAGAUCCCCGGCCUGCUGCCCAGAAUGGCCGCCCUCAUGGGGGUGGACUUCCACGGCGAGGCCCCUGACCCAGACACAGUGGAGCUGGUGAUGGAGAACAUGUGGAAGUACAACCAGACUUAUAACCUCUCCGAGGGGUCUCCGGAGGACAAAGUCCCGGUGUGGUACAUCAUGGAUGAGUUUGGCUCCCGGGUGCAGCACUCAGACCAGCCCAGCUGCCGCAUGGCCCCCUUCUUCUACAUGCAGGGGGGGCUCGCUUACACUCUGCUCUGGCCUCUGCAUGACCUGCAGGAAGGAGAUGAAGUAACCCGUGACUAUACAUAUGGAGAAACGGACCCCCUGGUCAGGCGAUGCCGUCUGUUACCAUGGGUAACAGCUGAUCUAGAAGGGGUCAUAAGUGUCACGUCUGAGCCCCCAGACUCGUACUAUGAGAACAUUGCAUUGGAGAACAAGGAGCAGCUUCCUGUGGAGAUCCAACCCUACACUGUGCCUGAGGACAAAACUCUCAAGGUUUACUCCGACCUGUCCCAAGUAACAAACAACCUGACACACCAGCGGUUCCAGCUCACUGAGGACAAGGAAGAGGCGGACAUCAUUUGGGGAUAUACUCACAUCAAAGACUACAGGAAGCUGAGCGAGGAACGACCUCAUGUGAUGCUGAACCAGUUUCCCUGUGAGAGCAUCAUCACGGUGAAGGACUGCAUGGCUGCCGUGGCUCGAAGGGCGAAAUGCGGCCAACAACCUGAUUGGCUCCCAGAGACCUUUAACCUCCACUCAGAGCUGCCGCAAUUCAUCAAGCAUUAUAAACAGAGACAACAGAGGGGGAAUGAUAAUCAUUGGAUCUGUAAGCCCUGGAAUUUGGCCCGUGGACUGGACAUGCACAUCACCAACAACCUGGACUACAUUAUCAGACAAAGAGAGAGUACACCAAAGGUGGUGUGUAAGUACAUUGAAGACCCAGUGCUGUUCAACAGAGAGGAGGUGGGAAUGGUGAAGUUUGACAUUCGCUACAUGCUGAUGUUGCACUCUGUGCAGCCUCUGCGUCUCUACGCCUACAACGUCUUCUGGUUGCGCUUUGCUAAUAGACCUUUCUCCUUGGACACUUUUGAUGAUUACCAAAAACACUUCACCGUCAUGAACUAUGCGGAGGGGGUGCAGCUUAAGCAGGUGCACUACGAUGAGUUCAUCCCCAUGUUUGACAACCAGUACCCGCUGUAUCCAUGGAAGGAGGUGGAAGCUGAGGUGUUUAAAGCAUUCAGGGAGUUCUUUGAGGCAGCCUCGUCUCGACCGCCUCCGUACGGUAUUUGUUCGUACCCGCCAUCCCGGGCCAUCUAUGCCGUAGACCUCAUGCUGAAGUGGAGUACGGGGAAAAAGGCGAGCGUGUCAUGCAGCCUCAGAUCCUGGAGUUUAACUUCAGCCCCGACUGUGCCAGGGCCUGCCUCUACCACCCCGACUUCUACAACCACAUGUUCCAGACUCUGUUCCUGGAUCAGCCCGAGCAAUGCCCGGUCACACAAAUCGCAUGAUCUACUGUACGCUGUAUUUUUUUUUUAUACAGCGUCACAUUCACUUUGUUUUGUGUCCGUCUAAAACUGAUUUACCAUCUGAAUUGACAAGGUUCUCUAAACGCUGGGUGUAACAAACGCAGUGAUUACAAAUUAAUGUACAAAUUGCAAAAAAAUAAAACUUUUGGAUAAACUAGGA